AUGAAUGAGAAGAACCAGACGUGGGUCAGUGAGAUUGUCCUCUUGGGGUUUCAGAAUCUCCACAACUUCAAGGUUCCCCUGUUCUCUCUGUUCCUUCUGAUUUACAUUCUGACAGUUUGGGAGAACGUCCUCAUCAUAGUGUUGGUGGCCUUCAGCCGGAACCUCCACUCGCCCAUGUACUUCUUUCUCCAGCAGUUGGCCCUCUCUGACCUUCUCACAUCCUCCAAUAUUGCCCCCACCCUGCUGGAAACGAUACUAAAUGAAGGAGCCACAGUGUCCCUUGUUGGGUGUAUAACACAGUUUAAUAUUUUUGGUGGGUUAGAAACAUUUGUGGGUUUCCUUCUAGCAGUAAUGGCCUAUGACAGAUAUGUGGCCAUCUGCAUCCCCCUGAGAUACACUUCUAUAAUGUCCCACAGGGUUUGUGUUACAUUAAUGUUCGUGUCAUGGCUGAUUGGCCUGGGCGCUAUACUCAUCACUGCAAAUCUAAUAGCCACAUUGCAUUUCUGUGACCGAAAUACCAUUCAUCAUUUCUUCUGUGAUUUCUUUCCUCUUCUAGAACUUUCCUGCUCAGAUACUUUCAUAGUACAAUUAGAAGUAAUUAUAUUGUCUGUUCCUGUUAUUAUUUGCCCCUUUAUUCUCAUCUCUGUAUCAUAUAUGUGUAUUGCCCAUGCAAUCCUAAAGAUAGUGUCCCAUACCGGGAGGCAAAAAGCCUUCUCCACCUGCAGCUCCCACUUGGCCGUGGUCUCCAUGUUUUAUGGGACUAUAAUUGCUCUUUAUAUUGUUCCCCCCAGGAAAGAAUCCCAGACAAUAAGUAAAGUUCUCUCUCUGUUAUACACCAUACUGAUCCCAUUGUUUAACCCAAUUAUCUACAGCCUGAGAAAUAAAGAUGCCCAAGAAGCCCUUAAAUAUAUCAUUAAAUAUCAUACAAAAUGGAUUCACUAA